GGUAGGACCCGGUAGCACCCAGUAGGACACAGAUUUUAGCUCUUUUGUACAUACAGCGCUAGUUCACAACACACAGUGACAGUGCAGUAAUAAUAAUGGUAGAAAACCUCAGACCAAGACUGGUUUUACAGCACUCAUGACAUGAUACAGUCAUCAGAGACAGCCUCCUCCGCACUGGAGUCCUUCUUCUUCUUGUCUUUCUUUUUCGUUUUUCCCAAGAGUCGCUCAGAGAGCAGCCAGCGCGAUAUCAUCAUAGUGCAAAAGAAGUAGACAGCAACCGAGCAAGUGAAUUUUAAUAUCGUUUCUGUGGACUAGCACAUGCGUGUAAGUUUCAACGUUUAAAAGAGGAGAGCAAAGCAGGCCGUUCUUCUUCGACGUGCGUUAAGUUACUUUCCGGCCAGAGCGCGGCUGUCACGGUGCGACACCAUGUGUCCCGGGUGGUGUGCGCUGCUCCCGCUGCUCUCGCUGCUCUACGCGACACAGUGGGCGCUCUGCGAGCGGCUCUCAGGGGCUGCGUCCCAGGAAACGGUGCCCGUGAAGCUGCGCGGCGGCGGCCGCCUGUGGAAGCGCAGCGAGGCGGAACCGAGCUUCAGGAUCGCCGCGUUCGGCCACAACUUCACCUUAAAUCUGAGGCCGGACGACAGCUUCGUGUCUCCCGUCCUCAAGAUCGAGCGUGUGAAAGCAAGACGGCUCCGGGGCCGCGUUUUUGGGGCUGAAGAUCAUGAAGAUGUCAAGGCUGAAGCCGACCUACUCGAGACCACGGACUGGACGGAGGAGGGAGAAGCGGCUCUCAGGGGCUGCUUCUAUUCGGGCACCGUGGACUUCAAACCCGACUCCGUGGUGGCUGUCAGUCUGUGUCAUGGGAUCCAGGGGUCGUUCAUUACGGAAGGAGACGAGUAUCUCAUUGAGCCGAAAGAGCCCGUCCGUGACAGCGCCAGCCGGCAGCCCACCGCACAGGUGGUCCAUGUGGUCAGAAGACGGGCUUUCUCCAGCACACGACGAGCUCACACCAGAGGCAGAGCCUCAUCGGAUCCAGAGGCUGGAAGGAGUCAUGAUUACGGAGCGCAGCCUCAGGCUGGCGUGGAUGCUGCAGGGAUGGCGAGGAAGAGGCGCUUCGUGUCCGCGCCGAGAUACAUAGAGACCCUGGUGGUGGCGGACUUCUCCAUGGCCCAGUUCUACGGCGACCACGUCAAGCACUACCUGCUGACACUCAUUGCUGUGGCAGCACAGAUCUACAAGCAUCCCAGUAUCAAGAACUCCAUCAGUGUGGUGGUGGUGAAGAUGUUAGUCGUGGAGGAUGAGGAGGUUGGCCCGUCUGUUUCAAACAAUGGGGGUGUGACCCUCCGCAAUUUCUGUGCUUGGCAGCAGCUAUUCAACCCCCCCAGCCAGAGGCACCCAGAGCACUAUGACACUGCCAUUCUUUUCACCAGAGAGGACAUCUGUGGACACCAGAGUUGUGACACCCUGGGUGUGGCUGACGUCGGCACUAUGUGUGACCCCAAAAGGAGCUGCUCUGUCAUUGAAGACAAUGGCCUUCAGGCUGCAUUUACGGCAGCCCAUGAGCUAGGCCAUGUGCUGAGCAUGCCCCAUGAUGACUCAAAGAACUGUGAGGGUCUUUUUGGGCACCUGGAUCAGCACCACAUGAUGGCCCCCUUCUUUGUGCAGCUUAAUCAGACCCUGCCCUGGUCACCCUGCAGUGCUCUCUACAUCACUGAGUUCUUUGAUAAUGGACAUGGGGACUGCUUGCUCGACAUGCCAGAGCAGACCUUGCCACUGCCCACUGAGCUCCCGGGGGUCUUCUACAAUCUGGACCGCCAGUGCCAGCAGAGCUUUGGUGAAGAGUUUUCCCAUUGUCCCAACACCUCUGCAGUGGACAUCUGCAGUCAGCUGUGGUGCCGUGAGUGGGGUCAGCUGCACUGCACCACCAGGAAUGGCAGCCUACCGUGGGCCGAUGGCACGCCAUGUGGCAAUGGCCACGUGUGCCUGAAUGGAGCUUGUGUCAUGGUGGACAAGGUCACAGAGCCCAAGGUAGUAGUGGACGGCAGCUGGGGGGCCUGGGGGCCGUGGGGACAAUGCUCCAGGUCAUGCGGCGGAGGGGUGGAAUUCUCUAACCGGGAGUGCACUGCACCUGAACCCCAGAAUGGAGGAAAGUACUGUGAAGGCCAGAGGGUCAAGUACGAGUCCUGCAACACUCAGCCUUGUGAAGAAAACAAUGGAAAGAGCUUCAGAGAAGAACAGUGUGAGAAGUACAACAGUUUCAACCAUCUGGAUAUCCAUGGGAUUGUCAAGGAGUGGAUCCCCAAAUAUGCAGGCGUUUCUCCCCGGGAUCGGUGCAAGCUCUUCUGCAGGGCGAGGGGCAGCAGCGAGUUUAAGGUGUUUGAAUCUAAGGUCAUUGAUGGUACCACAUGUGGCCCAGACACAACCUCCAUCUGCGUCCAAGGCCAGUGCAUCAAGGCCGGCUGUGAUCUGGAGAUUGGCUCCAGUGCAAAGCUGGAUAAGUGUGGUGUGUGCAAUGGGAAUGGUUCCAGCUGCAGGAAGAUCACUGGCUCCUUGAACAGAGCUGUUUAUGGCUACAGUGACAUUGUGACUAUACCAGCUGGGGCUACCAACAUUGACGUGAAGCAGCGAAGUCACCGGGGCGUGAAGCAUGAUGGCCACUACUUGGCCAUCCAGGGCGAGGACGGGACCUACAUCCUGAAUGGCAAUUUCUCCGUGUCCACUGUAGAGCAGGACAUCCCAGUGCGUGGGGCAGUCCUCAGGUACAGUGGUUCUUCCACCCCUCUAGAGCGCAUCCAGAGCUUUCAGCAGCUUCAGGAGCCCAUCACAAUCCAACUGCUAGCCACAGCUGGGGAGGCAUCCCCCCCUAAGGUCAAGUACACGUUCUUCCUUCCAAAGGACGUCUCAUUCAGCAAAGCUAAAGAGAAGAAGGGUUCCCUCCAUAUCAUCCAUCCAUUUGGGGUUCCCCAGUGGGCCUUGGGAGAAUGGUCUGAGUGCUCCAAGACCUGUGGUUCUGGUUGGUCCCGGAGGACAGUGGAGUGCCGGGACAGCAGUGGCUUCCUCUCCAAUCUCUGCGACAAAGACCUGAGGCCCGUGGACAUCCGGGCAUGUGCUGACCUGCCCUGCCCUGUCUGGCAGAUGGGGCCCUGGUUAUCUUGCUCUCGAACUUGCGGUGUGGGGGUUCGGCACCGCGGUGUCUUCUGUACCGACUACUUGGGGAAGACGGUGGAUCCCGAGCGGUGCGACCCAGCCCGCAGGCCUGAGCCCGUUGUAGGAGAGUGCAUUGUCUACAGUGAGUGCUGAGGCCUCAGGGCCAAACGGUGGGAGAGAGUCAGGAGCAGAAUGGUGCGGAGUAGCAAACUACUAAUCCCCUGACCGUGCUUCAGAGUCAAGCAGGGAAGCUGUAGUUUAGAAUUCAGUAAAGAGUGCACUAACUUUCUUGAACAAGUUACAGUGCACGGGCCUUUUUCAAGAAUAACUUAAUAAUAGUAAUACUUUCGUUGUUGUUUUUUUAUGUUUCUUUUUAAUAACCACUAUUGAAGUUUCUGUUUUACCCAAUAGAAAUCUACCUCAAAGGAUGUAAAGGUGUUAUUAUGUAGACAUUAGGUGACGAUACUGUAUGCAAAUUGUUCUAGCCACAAAGGGAAACUACCUUAGCAUGAAACCUACUGACAAACACUAUUGGAGUAUUAAAACUCCAUGGCAGAAUCUGUUGUCUGACAGCUCAGGCCAAGAACAAAAUUUUUACUUUAUCUUUUUUUUUAUUAUAGCCUGACCAUUCUUGCCCUUUCUGGUUUGAUUACUGCUAUUGCUUUUGCAGGAGUGCAGUUUUACAUUUUAACUAAAAUAUAUCUUUUUGUUUUCUAAUAAUGUUAAACUAUUGCUGUUGGCUGAAGAAGGUGGCGUAUCACUGAAGUGUAGUUCCUCAUAAACAGCCUAAACUGCAUGAAACAAGCCUAGAAAUAUGCAAACUAGUCUGGUGGCAUUUUAGCUUCUGUUGAAGCUGUUUGAUGGAGUAAGCAAGAUGUAGUUACCAAGACGAUCAUGUAGCCUUAUGGACUGCAUCUGUUUUUAAAUCAAUGUGGACAAGUCUCUCAAAGUCAAGCUGUUCCAUGGGACAGGCCAAAGUCACAUAAGGCCUCACUCCUAGUCUACACCCAACUGUACUGAAGGCUAUUACACAGUGCCUUGACAUCUUUUUACCCUUAUUUUCAGCAUAUUCCCUUGAAUCUGGAAUGGAAGCUUAGGUUUAGCUUAGCUGCUAUCACAAUACAGGAUAAUAUGCUUUUGAUACAAGCAUUGACAAUGAUGGGCCAAAACAAGCUGACAAGCAUGUAUUUAUUGAUAUAUUUCCAGUUGUUUAUAGGUGCAAAUCAGUCUAAAACAUGUUUCUCUGUUUUGUUAUACAGUUUAGAGUUUGGAAAGUGAUACCUUUUGUUUGCUGCUUUCAGGCUUUAAAGAAACUAUACACUUAAUUUAGCUUCUUUUCAUAUGAUUUUAAUAGUAAUGUUUACAAAGUUCUUUCCUGCCAAGCAUCAAAACGCCCUUCAGUUGGAUAGUGUUUUAACAGCGCAGUCUGAGAAACAAGGCUGACUUUACAAUAACCCUCUGCAUGAGGAUGCAGAAGUCGGUUCUAAAACGUAGCUUUAAGAGUUUAAGACCCCUUUGUGUCAAGAGCACAGCAGAUAUAGUAUACAAUAGCUGGAGCAAAUUGUUUAUUGAUUUUUCUAUGUGUUUGUGUGUAUAUGUGAGGACAUUGGGAUUUUUUUUACAGCUGUAGAAGUACGUACAGCUUAGAUAAUGACUUGCUCCUUGCAGAGGUGUCGGGAGUCAGAACUAAUGCUAGCCAGUGUGACAGAGUCGGUGGGUUCAUCUGCCUUUUCUUCUGUCCAGUAGAGUACUUACAUCUGAAGUGUUUUUAAGAGAGACUUCUGCUGUUGGAAGGAACAUGAUUAGAGAUGUACUGGAGCGCAACCAAAGAGAGUUUAAUGUGAAGAGGGCACACUGAAGAGCUGAACCGCUGAGCAUUAUGUCUGCAAGACAGAGAAAAGAAGGCUAGCACAUUUUUUAAAAAUGUUUUGUGUUGAUUACAAAGAAAUGCAAUUCAAAAGUCAAACUGAAUACAAUGCUUUCUUUAUUUCUAUGUUUUGUAUUUUGAUUAUCUUUAUAUGGAAUUGUGUGCUAUAGCAUUCCAGACAUGUACAAAAGGAUAUUAAAAACAAAAAAACAGUUACAUAACGGCAUUGUAUCCCUUCAGUGAAGGAU